AUGUCUCAUCAUUGGUUUUUGUUAUCGAUAUGUCUAACAAUUUUAUUAUUACAAAUAUCAUAUCUUCAUUCUAUUCCAAUAAAUUCUGACAUAAAUAGUCAUAUUGAUGAUGAAAAUUAUGAUAAUCAAAAUAUAAAAAAUACUUUACUUCAUCUACUUAAAAAUACUCUUGAUGAGACAAAUCCAUACAAACAAACAAUUUUAUUGAAUAAAUUACGUGAAUAUCUCAAUCGUAUGUGUGUUUUUGGUUCUUUUGGAUCAUCACGUGCUCAUUCAUGCCAACAUAUAGCUGAUAUUAUUUAUCAACUUGAUAGAAAUGAAGAAGAUGAUAUUACAUUUAUUGAUGAUCAUGCAAACAACGAAAAUCAUGAUAUACAAAAACGUUUCUUUUGCAAUGGUUUUAUUGGUUGUAAAAAGGCUGGUCGAUGA